UAUAGCCUACGAUGCGACCCAGAAUCUGUCCCACCCAAAUUCAGGAUACUGGUUACUGGGUAGACUUUUGCUUUCCAAGAGCUUUUUAGGGGGUUACAGUUUAGCCCCAGUCUUAUCGAUCUAGCCUACAGAAAUAUAAAUGUAUCAAUAUCUUUCUGAAUUAUUUCUCAUCACAGAGAGAUUGGUAAUGGCUUCAGCCGAAAGUAUAAGAAUAGCUGGUAGGAGUGGUCUGAAGAAAACUGGAUCAUGUAUUUAAAGGCGACUAAGUGUUGGGCGCGGAUCGUGGAUGAGUUGCAGCGGCACAGAGCGCGAGAUGCGGACCGCAGACUCCGGAACUCCCGCGGAGAAGCUGCUGCGUCUGAAACGCUCGCUCACAUUUAUGCGGAGUAAAAGUGUGGAGAACUUCUUCCAGCGUUCUCAGAGCGAUGCUUACCUACCAAAAGAGCUCCUCUCUGGUGUCCUGCCUUCUUCCCCGCGCCUGUUUACGGGGCCUGCACCUGGUAACAGCAGUGCUGUUUUGCCUUCCCCCAGCAUCAGCUCUAGACCUGCUCCAUUUUGUGUGCAGCCGCGACCAGCACAAACACACUCCUUCCUCGAGCAUGUGUUCCGUCGACCCACCAGCUGCAGUCUGUGCAAGCUCAUUAUUGCAGGUAACUCUAAACAGGGACUGCGCUGUAGAACAUGUAAGAUGGGAGCUCAUCUUUGGUGUGUCUCUGAAUUUACAGAGAAACCAUGCCAAGGAAAGUCUGGGAUGUUCAAGAGAAACUUAAGCACACCUGUACUGACCAAUGAUCAGUUAUAUGCUGUAAAGACACAGGAGUCAAAAGCUCAGCUGGACCCUGUGUAUGCUACACUCCGCUUUGGAACUUCUCUGGCCAACACCAGCCGAUCUAGCUUUGGGAGUUUCUAUGAAUCUCCGAGCCAAAGCCUGGAUGAAGAGGAUGGUCAGCAGAAGGAAGAGUGUGUGUCCACUGAGGGGGAGGAACUGACUGAAAACCAAAUUACAGAUGUCUCACUUUCUGAGAAUGUCAACUCUGAACUGGAUGAGAUCUCCAAGGUUCCUAAAGUUCACCCCAUUCACACUUACGUGGCACUUUACAAGUUCCUCCCUCAAGAGCAAAAUGACUUAGAAUUACAUCCUGGUGACAGAGUUAUGGUGAUUGAUGACUCUAAUGAAGAAUGGUGGAAGGGAAAAUGUGGUGAUAAAGUUGGAUUAUUCCCAGCUAAUUUUGUGCAGCGAGUGCGUCCAGGUGAACGUGUCUGGAAGGUGACGCAAAGUGUCCAUGGCAACAAAGACCUGGGCCACCUGGCUGUUAAAGAGGCUCAGAUUUGUGUGGGUAAAAAUGAAGAAACGGGUGGCUUUCUAAAGCUAAGCAGCGGUAAGAAGAGAGGUCUGGUCCCGACUGAUUCACUGGAGGAGAUAUAACAGCUGACAGAGUUGAACACAGUCAUGAACAACAUUUAUCAUGAUACAGCAACAUCAGUUACCACAUAAACCAGUUGUAUUAUGUUAAAUGUAUACACAAAUAUUAGUUGCAUUAAAGAGCCAUGGUUUGUUCAACCUGAUUGGAUCCUCAUAAUUUAUGUUUCUCUACCAUCAUGCUCAUGUUUCUUUGUUUUCUUGGGGAAAUUAUUAUUAUUAUUAUUUAUUUUUUUUGUUAUUCGGGGAAAGUGAUAUGUUGUUGGCAUAUAUAUAAUUCCUAGUGCAUAGUGAAAUAGACAUUUAACAACUCCUGGGGUCAGUUGCAUAAACUGUAUAGACUAGUCUUAAAAAGUUAGUCAUCUAAUUUUUUGCUUCAAGACUGGUCAUAACUUUUUUAAUUCAGUUAUGAAAAGGUAGAUUGGUCUUAUUUAUAUGGGAAAAGUAAAACUGAUUACCCCUUGGCAACUGCUAGUUGGCCAAACUAAUACUUAAGACACAGUCUUAACAUGGUGGCUAAGUCUAUGCAACUGGCCCCUGGAGAAGAUUAAGGGUUAAUCUGAAAAACAGAACUACUCUGCUUUUUCAAAACAAAAACGAUACAACUUCUAUUAGAAUACUAACAAUAAACACUUUAAUAAUGGUUUUAAUUAAUAAAAAAGUAUACAAAAAGGAUAUUAAGAACUGAUAUGGUGAAAAUGUUAUCUGUGUCCUCUUUUAAAAAGGGUUAUGUGUUCAUACAAUUAUGAAAGAAAACUAUGUCUGUUCCAUGUAAUAUACUGUAUACCUAUUAAAACAAUUUAAUGUUAAAAUUUUCAGUAUUUUAUUAUACAGACUAAAUGAGUUGCUUGCUGUUUUAUAAGAUGUGGUUAUAAAACAUGGCUUGCUUAGCAAAACAAAUAAAUAUUAA